AUGGCUAAACCUGAGAGCCCUAAGGAGCUUCAAAAAGUGUCCAUCUCUCCUCUUCUCAAGCGCCUGGCAUACCCCGCCAAUCCCGGGUUCCAAGUUAGCGCAGAUGAUAUUGCUUCGGCAUUUGCACUGAUCUUUGAGGAUCAAAUAUCAGAUAUUCAAUGUGCGGCUUUGUUGACAUUGCUUCAUUCGACUGGCAAGGACAAGGAGGCUGAUGUAAUUGCGAAAUGCUCACAUCGCAUGCGAGCGGCAGCUUGCGCCAUUGACAAGACUGCUUUGAAAAAGGCCGUGAAAUCGCGGGGUCGACCUGAGGGGAAGUACAAUGGUGGUUUAUGCGAUAUUGUUGGAACUGGUGGUGAUUCCCACUCAACUUUUAAUGUGUCGACAACCUCCUCGAUCAUUGCUUCGCCGCUCCUCAUGACUGCAAAGCAUGGCAACCGUGCUCAGACAUCCUUCUCCGGAUCUGCUGAUGUCCUCAGGGCAAUCCCUCCCAUUGCCCCCAACAUCGAUGCGGUCACCGCAGACAACAUUGACAAAGUGUACGCUGAAACCAACUAUGCCUUCCUGUUCGCCCCCAAUUUCCAUCCGGGCAUGAUGUACGCCAAUCCUGUGCGUCGUGGUCUUGGUCUCCGAACCAUCUUUAAUCUCAUGGGACCUCUCGCGAACCCCGUGGAGUGGGCUAUUGAGGCUCGGGUUGUAGGUGUGGCCUACCAGGCCCUGGGUCCAGUCUUCGUCGAGGCUCUCAAGCAGGCUGGAGCCAAGAAAGCCCUGGUGGUAUGCGGUGAGGAAGAUAUGGACGAGAUCAGCUGUGCAGGUUACACAAACUGCUGGAGACUCACCGAGCACCCCAACCCGGAUUACAAGGAGUACCCUGAGGAUGAUGCCGACGACGACCACGACUCCAGUGAUGAGGAAACACACAACCCUCGUACAAUUGUCAAGGUUGACACCUUCAAGAUCCAACCCUCGGACUUCGGAGUGCGGAGCCAUCCUCUUACUGAGGUUUAUGGGCGCAAGAUGCCCAAAGACAACGCCAAAAAAUUGAUGGCCAUUCUUCGCAAUGAACUGCCCCGGGAUGAUCCUAUUCUGGAGUUUGUCCUUAUGAAUGUUGCUGCUCUGCUUGUUACAUCUGGAGUGUGUGAGGCUGACACUAGCGACAUGGGUUUCGGCGAUGACGGUAAAGUCAUCACGGAGCGUGGACCGGGUGGUGGGCGCUGGAAAGAGGGAUUGCGUCGGGCUCGCUGGGCUGUCGAGAGCGGCCAGGCUCUUCACAAUCUGGAGAAGUUCAUUGAAAUCAGUAACAAGCUUCAAUAA